AAAAAGGCAUUCAGUUUUUUCAGUAACAUGGCAUUGGCUGACGACCGACAUGGAAGCUUGGAUUGGACUACAUGAGAAUUAAAAGGACUCUCCCCGUUCCACGAUCAGUUAAGAUUUUUCAAAAUGACGGCUGAUCUAUCCACUCAAGAGCAGUAUCUAGCUCAAUUGAAAGAAGAGGAUCCAGAAUUUUACCGUACCAUCAUUUCCGCAAAAGGGUUGCUUAAAUUGCCUGAUGAUUUUGUGGACAAAGAACUUAAUGCUGUUCCAAAGCCCAGAAAAAAAUUCACCAAAAAUGAACCCCAAUUUGGCCCACUUUCUGAUGAUGAGGAUGAUUAUGAAGAAGAACAAAUCUCUGCAGCAAACAGAGAGAAGAUAGCUGGUGAUGGUGGAAGUGAAGACGAGGAUGAGCCAGAAGAUGUUUUUGAAGGGGAAGACUCGGGUGAUGAAGAGCAACCUGGUGAUGAAGUUAAACCUUACCAGGGCAAGAAAACAGAAGUCACCACAGCUCUGGUCAAGAAGUGGAAAAUUGCUCUGCACAAAAAAAAACCAGAUGAAGCAUUUCGCGAUGUCUCUGAAGCUUUGCUCGCUGCUAUUGAGAGUGUUGACUGCUCUGGCUCUACUACCACAAAGUUCAUCGUCAAAGCACCUAAUAUUUACAACCAGCUGGUGCACGUAGCACUGCUUGACAUGGUGCCUGCUCUACGACAGAUGCUGCAUGUCAAUAAUCUCUCUCAGAUGCACACUUGUAAGAAGUACAAACGAUACGUGCCCACCAUUCGAAAUUUCCUUCAAAACCUCAUGAAGUUGUUUGAGAGCAUCACGGAGCCAUCACUGAAGGAGGUUAUCUUGAGGCGCGGCGUGCUGCCUCUCAUCUCUGUGUACAAAGACCUGCCAAAGCAGUGCAAGAAGUUUGUCAAGGACCUGGUCGAGGUCUGGUCAUCAGGCCACCACAAGACACGCGUGCUUGCCUUCCUCGGCCUCCUUAGGAUUGUCAGGAUCAGCGAGGCUGAUAUUUAUGACUUCACUCUCAAGACAAUGUACCUAGCGUACGUGCAGAGCUGUCGCUUCACGUCGCCCUCGUCUCUCGGCGUCAUUUGGUUCAUGCGCGUGUCUCUGACGGAGCUCUACUCGCUCAAUCACGCGCUCGCCUACAGACACGCCUUUGUUUAUAUCAGACAAAUGGCCUUCCAUCUUAGAAAUGCCAUCAUUGCCAAUAAAAAGGAGAAGAUGCAGCUUGUGUACAACUGGCAAUUUGUGCACUGCCUACACUUGUGGUGCACAGUGCUGAGCCACACGCACCCUAGCACCGUCCUGGAGCCGCUGGUGUACCCCGUAGUGCAGCUGGCGUUUGGGACGAUGAAGCUGCAGGAGAGUCCUCGGUUCUUCCCUCUUGUGCUCCAUAUAUGUGGGAUGCUAACGGACCUCUCCGCUGCCACUUCUAUCUUCAUACCCGUCUUGCCUCACCUCAUCAAUGUGAUCACGCAACUGAAGGGCAACAAGUGGAACAAGGAGUUUCCGCAUAGAAACAAGAAAGAAGGCGAAGCUCCCGAUUAUUCCCCUCCAAAUUGGCGCUGCGCCCUGAAGCUUUCUGAAGGGGAACUUGGCAAGCGUGUGAUCGCUCGCAGUCUCAUCGAGGAGUGCCUCCUGCAGGUGACGCGCUACCUCGCUGCCGAAGCACACAACAUCGCCUUCCCUGAGCUUGUUGUGCCUGCGACCAUCAUGCUCAAGAAAUACAGCCAGAGAAAAGACUCGCUUUGUGUGGGACAAGUGCGACAACUCCUCGCCAAGAUCAAGGAUCAUUCCGAGCUGCUCGACGCUAGAAGACAGAACGUUGACUUCCAGUUGAAGGAAGUCAAGAAAGUCCGAGACUGGGAGAUAACUGUAAAGCAAGAGCCAAAUCUGCCCAUGAUAAAAUACUACGAGAAUCUCAUGAAGCGCGAGAGCGACACCUCUGGCAAGAGGAAGAGAGACGCGACUGCUGAAAAUGAAGAGGACAGUGAAUGCAGAGGCGUGGGAGAAGUGCCUGAGGAGGACAUGAAAAAGCCUGCCAAGAAGCCCAAAAUUAUGAAGAAAAAGAAAACAGCGGUGCUGACCAAGAAAAAUAAGACUGCAUCCCAAUCCAGCAAAAAGAAUUUGAAGAAGAAGAAGCGUAAGAGCAUCGACAUCCUAGCGGAUUUGAAGUAAAAUGUCCUGAAUCA